AUGUUGUCGAGAGCUUGCCUCAAGGGCUUCGGCCUCCAGUCGUUGCCAAAGAGACAAGCUUACCAGGUUGCUCGUAGGUCCGUCACCACAGACGCCGCAAGCUCUCACGCAGAGAGAGAAGAUGUGCCGGAUGAAGAUGACAAGCCAUUCCAAGUCAAGCUCUCCGAGGAGAGCUUCGAGACAUACGAACUCGAUCCUCCUCCGUACACCCUCAACACCACAAAGAAGGAACUGAAGCAGAUGUACUACGAUAUGGUGUCUGUCCGACGUAUGGAAAUGGCUGCGGAUCGUCUAUACAAGGAAAAGAAGAUUAGAGGCUUCUGCCACUUGUCAACCGGUCAAGAAGCCGUCGCAGUUGGCAUCGAGCAUGCCAUCACCAAGGACGAUGCUAUCAUCACUGCCUACCGAUGCCAUGGCUUCGCUUUGAUGCGAGGUGGUACCGUCAAGUCCAUCAUCGGUGAACUGCUUGGCCGUCGCGAAGGAAUUGCCUAUGGAAAAGGUGGAUCGAUGCAUAUGUUCGCUCCAAACUUCUACGGCGGUAACGGUAUUGUCGGUGCACAGGUGCCCGUCGGUGCUGGUAUUGCCUUUGCGCACCAGUACACUGGCAGCAAGACCACAACUCUCGCCCUGUACGGUGAUGGUGCCUCAAAUCAAGGUCAGGUUUUCGAGGCGUUCAACAUGGCCAAGCUGUGGAAGUUGCCAAUCAUCUUCAGCUGUGAGAACAACAAAUACGGCAUGGGCACUUCUGCUGCUCGAUCGUCUGCCUCCACAGAAUACUACAAGCGGGGUCAAUACAUCCCAGGUCUCAAGAUCAACGCCAUGGAUGUUCUGGCCAUGAAGGCGGCCGUUCAAUACGGCAAGGAGUACACUGCUGCAGACAAGGGACCACUGGUGUUUGAAUUUGUCACUUACCGGUACGGCGGUCAUUCCAUGUCCGACCCCGGUACGACAUACAGAACCCGGGAGGAAAUCCAGCGGAUGAGGUCUACCAAUGAUCCCAUUGCAGGUCUCAAGCAAAAGAUCCUUGACUGGGGUGUUUGCUCAGAGGAGGAACUCAAACAAAUCGACAAGAAGGCUCGAGAGGAUGUUGACGGCGAGGUGGCAGAAGCAGAGAAGAUGCCCAUUCCUGAUCCAGUGCCAAAGAUUCUGUUCGAGGACAUCUACGUCCGUGGAAGCGAGCCAAAAUACCUUCGUGGCCGAACUCCAGAUGAGACCUACUAUUACUAA